AUUUAUAAUACGUGAAUAUACAAAGAUACCGGAAGCAGUUCAAGUUCCAUCGGUCACGAUGUCACACGGCACGCUCACGAAGUAUAUGCUUCUGGUAUUAGUAUGCUAUCUCAUAGCCUUUAGUCCAGUAGCUGAGGCAAAGAAAGGAGGAGUAGGGGGUGGUGCUAGCACGCCCAGCACAAACACCCCUGUGACUGCCCCCGCCCCAGCUGUAAAUAACCCAGCUAUCAUACCACCUACGACGAACAAUCCUGGGACUGCACCACCUGCGUAUCAUGCUCCAGGUAGCACGCCCAAUAACGCGCCAGGCAAUGCUCUGCCUCCUGCUUACAGCUCCCCUAAUACCAAUACUCCGUCGACCAACCCUGGAAGCAUCCCUAGCGGUUAUCCCACUACUCGGCCUGUGGGAGGUUUCAAUCCGUUUAUAUUCCCGUUGUUCCUUGCGCCAAUGUUCUUCUACCAUCCUUACUAUCGCCGCACUCCCGAAGAAGCCGGCUUCCCUACGUUUAAAAACCUCGGAGGUCCAACGGAUGUACAGGGCACGUGGGUACAGCCUACAUCAUAUGGACUGGCGAAACCGAGCGGGUUUGUGUGGACAGUGUACACGGGAGAGGCUGGGAAUAUGUACAGACAGGAUAUGGGCAGGUAUCACUCGUGGGAGUGCACAGGCUUCGUGGAUGGUCAGUAUUUCGCGACGUACGAACGACGAUCAAUCUACUGGAAUGGCACGGUGGUGUACGAGCAACAUUGCGAGUUGGGCCAGGUUGACCUGAAUUUGGGGCUGUGGUAUUGGAACACCUCUUCCACUGCUUGUCCCGAUCCCCAGGUCGCCAGGUUCACAAACCCUCCCGAUACAUUUAUCAAUAGUAUCACCCUGCCGAAAGCAGCCGUUCUCACAUGCACGGUAGCCACUGCGGCGUCUGUGGUAGAUGUAAACAACCUAGCUGGACCCGGACUGAGCCCAGGGAACCAAACCAUCGGGGGUGUCAAUGGCAGCACUGUGGUGCUACCCUCAGACGCGAAUCCGAAUGGCACUGAAUUUGCCAACGACGGCGUCACAAGUGCCGUGACCGGGGUGUGGCAGAGCGACGGUGCGACCCAAAACAUGGGCCAGCUCAAUAUGAACAACACCUUCUCCUCAGUGAUGUACGACAGCGUGUCUGACCAGUUCUACUCGUUUUACGGCGAGACCCAUUCGUACCAGUGCACCAACUUCUCCGAUGGCGAGUUUGUCCAGUCCCUGUCGGUCACGACAAGUAAUGAGACCUCCGCGUUGGCGGAUUGGGUCAUCGAGUGCAGUGCAUCUAUCAUCACCCCGGACAUCUACUACUAUGUCGAUGCCCCCGAGGCCACGGGCGGGUGUCCUGAUUUUGCUAUGAACCUCACGGUGGUGUCACUCCAGCGCAUCUUGGCCGACUCUGCGGUGCUGGAACCGGCCGUGGGUGCUGAGAUGUGCACUGUGGCGAACACGACCGCACCUGUAUCGAAUGCGACAGCGCCUGAUGUGAUCACGACAGCGGCUGUCUAAGAGUUUAUUGGUUUAAACGUAGAAUGCUAUGCUUUUGGGAGUUUAUCGGCGCACGAAUGUUUAAACACGCUCUGGAUGUAUUUGAGGCACAGUGGCGUGUCUUUAAGCGAUGGAGGUUAUAGGUAUAUCUCUUUGCUAUAGAGCGCCAAGACGGGGUGACAACACCGUUUCUAUUGAUUGUCGCGUAUGUCGCAGAGGUCGUGUUCAGAGAGUGCUUCGAUUUUGAGGGAUUUGCUCUUCAAUGCAAGUGCUGACGACGUACUUUGUGGUACGGAUACCUGAUCUACCUAGGUAGCUUAUGCGCAUCACCAUUGAAGCGGCACGUAUACUUUUGAAACGGUAUUCGGAAACGCAAUCAUGUUUUUCUGGACGUGUGAUUGAGAUGGGCGUGGUAAAUCGCAGGCGAACUAGAAAAGAAUACUACUUUUAGUUGUAAGAUAUGACAGUAUAUCGAGGUAUACGAUAUAUUCAAGCACGCACGCAAACUACUGCGGGAUUGCUGUUGCACUGGAGAUCCAGCAAAUUACACUAUAUACAUUAAAAUCUACCCGA